UUAGAGCAUUGGACAAAGUGGACUAUAUACAAGCUGUUUAAGAUGUUUUCUCAGAUGCAUAUUGGUAUUACAGGAAAAGUGAAGCUAAGUUAAAAACAUGAAGUGUGUUGUGAGCAUUGCAUUGGUGGCAGUGGUACUUCUCACUGUAUUUUCAGAAUAUGGGAAAGCAGCCACUGAGCCUAAGGGUGCAAGAGAGCCAAUUUGUGAUUCAACUAUGCAUCGCUGCACGAAAAUUUAUAAUCCAGUCUGUGGCACUGAUGGAGUUACUUAUUCAAACGAAUGCCUGCUCUGUGAGGAAAACCUGAAAAGGAACAUUCAUACUCGCGUUGUCAAAGAUGGAAAAUGCUGAAGAAAAUUGUUUACAUUUUUCCUGCUAAGACAAAAAAACCAAUUGAUCUUACUCGUAAGAUGAAUCAAAUUUCCACCAAACAGAAGAAAUAAAAUGUGUAAUUUUUAUGGUGUAA